CUAUGGUUAGUAUUUUUGCAAAAUACUAUACGAAUGUAUUUAUUACAUGCCCUAAAAAUUAAUAUUAAAGCAAUCAAUAAAUUUACAGUUGUAUUUAAUUUUAAUACCAAAAAUAUUAAUCAUUAGUAUUGAAAAUUGUAGUGUCCCAAUGGCAAAUUCACUUAACAAUAUCCCAUACUCAAAAAAUGGGGAUAAAUCACAAGAUGAGAAGCUACUACAACCCUACACUUAUCUCCUUCAAGUUCCGGGAAAGAACAUCAGGGCGAAAUUAUCCAAAGCUUUUAACUAUUGGUUAAAAGUACCGGCUGACAAACUUUCUGCAAUCGACAAUAUUGUCCAGUUACUUCAUAACGCUAGUCUUCUUUUGGACGACAUACAAGAUAAUUCAGUGUUGCGCAGGGGAUUACCCGUCGCCCAUUCUAUUUAUGGAGUACCCAGCACGAUAAAUGCUGCCAAUUACGUGCUAUUCAUUGCUUUGGAAAAGGUCAUCGAAUUAAACCAUCCUGAGGCAACGAAUGUCUACACUGAACAGCUUAUUGAAUUACACAGGGGUCAAGGGAUGGAAAUAUACUGGAGGGACAAUUUCACUUGUCCUUCAGAAGAAGAGUACCAUCAAAUGACGAAAAGAAAAACGGGCGGAUUGUUUAUGUUAGCGAUUAGAUUGAUGCAACUGUUUAGUCAUAAUAAGGAGGAUUUCACAAAAUUAGCGGGAAUAUUGGGUCUGUACUUUCAGAUAAAGGACGACUAUUUAAAUUUGUGCUCGAAAGACUAUCACCAUAACAAAAGCUACUGCGAAGAUCUAACAGAAGGAAAAUUUAGCUUUCCUAUAAUUCAUGCAAUACACAGUCAUCCUAAUGAUAACCAAGUGAUACGUAUCCUUUUGAAGAUGUUCCCCAUAAAAAAUUAGCAUAUUAAGUAACACCACUUCUGAUUUGACUAAACUUAAGUAAUACUUUUACCAUUUUAAGAAGAAACAAAGGUAUUUUAUUUUAAAUGGAAUAGCCCUGCAUUUUUUCAAAAGAAGCCUAAAAGAAUUUUGAGUAAUAUUCUAUGUAUUAUAGUUUUACUUGUUAACCGUGGAAUGAAAGGUCAAAAAUUGUACUUUUUUUCGUACUACCGAAAAUUGAUUCAAUUGCUCAGCAUUCAAGUUGUUCGUUUUGGAAAUUUUUACAUAUCGCUUUCUUUUUACGUUGAUGUUUUCGAAAAUUUUGAAAAAAAGAAACGACGUGUAGGUACAUGCAUAAUACUUUCUGUUUGAAGUAAACCUCUUGCUUUUAUUUCAUUCUUCUAAGCGUAUGAAGUUUUAAUAUAACGAGAUUGCGGUUGGUUGAUAUCAAAACUACAUACGUACGUAAGUGAAAGACGACGGGCGAACUACCCUUUUCAUUGGGGAAGUUAUUCAAAAGAGCAGCUUCCGCUUUGGGAUUUUUAAAAUAAUCUCAAAUAUGCGUAAAGUUGUCUGAUAAUAAAAAUAAAUUAGAUUAACCAUUACAACAGCUUAUGGUAAACAUAGUUGUGGUUUGUGUGUUUUCUCAUAUAUUUUUGGAUAUUUUAGUAAUUGAUGAACAUAAAUAAAUCUCAUAAUUUUCACAAUUUUUAUUAUAGCAGUCCACAUGAAAAAGUUACUGUGUUAGCGAAACACAAUAAAAAUUGUGAAAGUUAUGAAUUUUAUUUUAUUAGUUUUAUAUGUAUC